CAAUCCAAGUGCCCGGUAGAGAAGAGAUAUUGUGAAUGGAAUUAAUCAGAGCGUGCGUUAAUGGUUUAUGGUGAUUCGCUGAUUCUGUAUGGAACUGAAGCUGAGUCAACCCCAUCUUCCAGCUUCCUCGACAUCCCUUUUCGUCGCAAUUUCCAUUCACAAACACUUCCCAGUUCUUGCUGUGAGAUGGAAAUGCCAGAUUCAGGAGCUUUCUGCAAAGGGCCGACGCCAAUUCAAGAAAAUCUCUGUUCAUGUCGUGAAAGAAGGUGAAAAUUUGAGUACAAUCUCAAAGCUGUAUGGGGUGCCCAUUGAUGAAAUUGCUGCUGCUAAUAGGGAUAUUCUUGAUGAUGACCUUAUUCUUCAAGGGAAACAUCUCAACAUUCCUUCCUCUUCUGGAGAAUGCAAGCCAAUGUAUCCAGCAGCGAAGAUUAGAUUACCAGUAGCUCGAAUAAAUUUGUCUGGAACACGGCAGCAUUUGGAUUUCUAUAGUAGACACUUGAACCAGAAAAUGCUUUCAAUGCUAUCAUCACAUCAAUUGCCAUAUGCUAAAACAACUGGCUGUUUCCUAGUUCUGGUUCCCUUGUUAGCCUUUUGCAUUAGGUGCAUCAUGGAUGCUUUUCUCAAUAGAAAUGUUGGUGAUGGGAAACUUCAAGCUAUGAAUGAACCCAGCAUCGACAACCAUGGGUCUAAAAGUAGAUGGAAAUUAGCCCUGAGCGACUUAAGGGAUCCUGAUGUACCAGACACUGAUCAUUCAAGACAAGAUAUUGAUCUGUUUUCCGACAAUGAAGAACAUUUCCAAUCUGAAAAGAUUUCUCAAGCUUACACUAAACUGGAAAUUGACUAUCAGAAGUUCCUAUCUGAAUGUGGAAUUAGCAAAUCUGGGUACUGGCGAGGAGGUUUGCCUGAGUAGGAACUAGAAGUAGUCAGUGAGGAUUUAGUAGAUAUUUGGUGACAAAUGUACAGGUUGAUGUUGUAAAGAAUAUGAAAAGCAAAAGAUUACAUUUCAUUUAGGCCUUUUCUGAUUGAAUUUCACAUCGAAACUUAUGAGUUCUUUAUCUUGUUUGAAGACAUAUCAUAAGAACUGUAUUUCCUCUAAACAUUACUUCUGCAGAAUCUUUAUUAUUGUUGAAGAUCA